UUUAAGAUCGCGUUUCAUUCUUUUCCAAUUAAUUAUCACUUUUUCUUUCUUAAUUUUAACAAAAAAAUAUUAUCCGGUGAUUUGCAAAAAUGCUCGUGAGAAAUAAUUAAGAGACUGUUUUCUUUUUUCUUUUAAUAAUGAAAAUUUAAAAAUUUUCCGUGAAUUUGCUUCUAUAGACACUGGAUAUAAUUUGUUUCCAUUUUACUUCUUUUAUUUACUAUUUAUUUUAUUCAAUUUUUGAAAUUUAAAAUGUGUUUACCAGUGAGGAUGAUGAUUAUUCUCAUUUUGGGAUUAUACUACCAAAGUGCUGUGGGUCAAACUAUUAUCACGGCUCAAACAAAGUUUGAUCAGACAUCGAGAGAACCGAAUUUUGACACACCGGAGUACAUUCUUCCAUGCAAUAAAUCUGACGUAAAGCUGGAUGUUUGCAUUCAAAAAUCGUUCAAUCAUUUAAGACCAUAUCUUGUAAAAGGAAUAUCAGACUUGGAUUUGCCACCAAUCGAGCCGUUAACUAUUCCAGAAUUGGGAAUGAAAAAUGAUCAGGGUGCAGUUCGAGUACAUGCUCUAUUUUCCAAUAUUACAGCCUUUGGACCUGGAAAUUAUUCCAUCACAAAAGUUCGAGUAAACAUAACAACGUUGAGACUCGAUCUUCAUUUAAAAAUUCCAAAGAUUGACUUGCAAGGACAUUAUAAGGUGGUUGGAAAUGUCCUUCUAUUUCCCAUUCAAAGUGAAGGCGACUUUUGGGCUUCUUUCGGUGAUGUUGUAGCCCUCGCCAAAGUACAAGGUGUCGAAGAAAUAAGGGAUGGAAUUAGUUACAUGAGGAUAGCACGUCUGCUGGUUGACUUUAAUUUAGACACAGCCGCAUUCAAUGUGGUGGAUCAGUUAAAAAUCAAUAAUGUAUUCGGCCAAGCAAUGAAUAAAUUUCUAAAUGAAAAUGCUAAAGAAAUAAUCGAUGAAAUGAAACCAGCAGCAAGAUCAAGUAUUGCAAAGCAUUUUCAAUCGUUUUUAAAUACAGCCUUUACUAAAGUUCCAAUGAAAGUUUGGCUAAGAGAUAAUUAAUAAAAUUCGAAAAUUUUUUUAAAAAUCACAAUUGUAAUAUUUAUCAAAAUUUACUUUUUCAACAUUGCAAUUAUUAUUACAAUCGAGGGUAAAUAAGGAAAAAUUAGGCCACUCCAAAUUGAAAUCGUACUUCAUGUGAAAAUUAUAUAAUUGCUAAAGUAUGUUUUUGUUAAAUAAGUAGUUAAUUUAGAGAUUUAGACAAUCGAAAAUCUACCAAAUUGAGAUAAUUUAAGGAAUUAGUUAAGAUUUAUAUAAAUAGAAAACGACUGUAGUUAUAAAAUUAAUUUUUAUCUUAUAUAAUGUAAUGUCUGAUGUAUUAUAUGUAUUAAAAGUGUUUAUUAGAAAAUUUUUUUCAAUUUUAAAUUCAUCGAAUUUUGUAUAAAAAAAUUAUUAGUUUAUGUUUAAAAAAUAAGUAAAAGUAGAAAGGAUAUUUUUGCAAAAAAAAGUAAUUAUAAGAAACCGCACAUUCUAUGUAAUUCGUUGUUCACAAUAUGGUUUUGAAAAUUUAUUUUCGCUAAAAAUACUUGACAGAGCAAUAAAAUUUUAAACGAUAACGUCAAAAAGCGACAAAAGGUUUGAAUUAAAAAGAAAUAAAUUUACUCCAUACUUUCUAAAAUAUCU